AUGAACGCACUCAAGACCUCGCUCUCCGCCAUCACCAAUGCCACCUUCAAGGGCAAGGCCAAGCAGGUGUCUCCUCUGCUUUCCUCGGCCGUUGCCGGGCGUAGCUUGAACACCUCCGCCAGCUCGUCGUCAGCCUCUGCAGCUGCAGCGGCGGCAUCUUCGUCUGUAUCUGGAUCGGCACUUUCUGCAGAGUCGGCGGUAGCCUCCAACGAGCGCGCGCUGGCGCUUCUCAAGACGCAGCCCAACCACUACGCAGUAGCGUCCAUCACGGGUCGAACGUACCUCGUCUCGAAAGGCGAUCUGGUCACCGUGCCGCGUCUGAAGGAUGUCCAGGUUGGAGACGUGCUUGUUCUCGACAAGGUGCACGAGAUCGGAUCGCGCGACUACACCUUGCGUGCACAGGACACGCUCAACACGCGUCGAAUCUCGAGCGCCGUAGACCUGGCUUCCACCACCCCGGGCACCUUGAGGGGCGUUUCGCCCGCAGUGACCCCGCAGGCAAGACGUCUACUCACCCGUCUAGCCACACCCGAAUCGCGCAGCCAGCUGCUCCCUCUCGCAGACACCUGGUCGUCCAGACUCAUCCCCAACGGUCUCGCCCACAUCGGCGCUAGCCUCCCACAAUCGUCGGUCAAGAUCACCGCCGUCGUCACAGAAAAUACAAAGGGCGCUCUCGAAAAGAUCCUCAAGAAGAAACGCAGAAAGGGCUACAAAAAGACGGUGCAGCACAAACAACCCUACACCCGAAUCCGCAUCGAAGACAUCCAAAUCCAACCCAACUAG